AUGGGUAACAGGUUUAUUGAUUAUCUACGCGGGCCCGAGGGCAGGCCAGGGGAGGCCCGUCUCUUGCGCAAACUAGACUUCUUCAUCCUCAGCUUUUGCUGUCUGAUGUACUUUGCAAACUAUUUGGACCGAAGUAACCUGGCGAAUGCCUACGUCUCUGGAAUGAAAGAAGACCUAGACUUCCAUGGGAAACAAUUCAAUCUUAUCAAUACCAUCUUUACUGUUGGAUAUGUGCUCGGUCAGGUACCAUCUAAUCUGGCUCUUUACCGUUUUAAGCCACGGUACUUCCUACCGGGCAUGAUGGUGAUAUGGGGUGGGCUCACCAUGGCUACUGCUGGUGUUCACAAUCCGCAGGGAAUCAUGGUCAUCCGUUUCUUCCUCGGCUUGGCCGAGUCCUCUACUUUUGUAGGAACGCACUAUAUUCUGGGCUCUUGGUAUACAGAACGAGAGCUGGGGAAGCGGUCAGGUAUCUUCACUGCAUCUGGCCUGGCUGGAACGAUGUUCGGCGGCUUCAUCCAGACUGGUAUCAAUUCAUCCUUGCAUAUGAAGGGUGGUUUGCCAGGCUGGAGAUGGCUCUUCAUAAUUGAUGGGCUUAUCACCGUUCCAAUUGCUAUGUAUGGGUUUUUUCUCUUCCCGGAUACCCCCAGGACGACUCGUGCCCCUUACCUCACUGCUGCAGACAAGGAACUGGCCGUAGCCAGGCUGCCGUCGCCGAGUGAUGACGCUGAGCACACGAAGAUCAACUUUGCCCUUGCCAAGCGGGUUUUCUCAACCUGGCAUCUGUACGGAUUUGUGAUUCUCUGGGUAAUUGCAGGAGAGACCGAGUCCUUCUCAACGAACUCUCUUCUGGCCCUGUACAUGAAAUCCCAUCCGACCAUCAAGUACACCGUCGCGCAGAACAACAACUACCCAUCCGGCAUCCCUGCCGUUGGCAUCGUCUCGACCCUCAUCUGGGCGACACUCACAGACUUUCUCGGCGGGAAACGCUAUCUUGUGGGCUACUGGAUCGGCAUCACUGGUGUAGUUACCUCUGCCAUGAUCCUGGCGCCCGGCUCAUCGACAGCCACCAUCUUCGCAGCGUACUACUGGGCUGGCUCGGUCUAUGCAUGCCAGGCCACCUUCUUUGCCUGGGCCAACGACGUGAUGCGGUACAAAGACGAUGCCUGGCGCAGCGUUGUAAUUGCAGGCAUGAACAUGGGCAGUAACGUCAUCAACGCCUGGUGGAGCAUUGUCUUCUAUCCAGCCAGUGAUGCUCCUUAUUUCAGAGUACGUCUUAACAUUCCUGCUAAUUCUUCCCCUGGAUAUUUUCGAACUAACCAGACGCAGUCCGGCAUGUAUGCCAUGAUAGCCUGUUCGAUAGCCAUGGCAAUAUGGACUGCAUUUGUGAUGUAUAUGGCCUGGCGAGAGGGAAAGCAGACAGUAGACAGUGAGCAGACGGUUGAGAAGCAGGACAGCCAGUGCAAAGAUAGCUAA